AUGGCUUCAUCAAGUGGAACAUCAUCAGGUUCAGGUUCAGGUUCAGGUUCAUCUCUGCUACAAAAUUCGGGUUCGGAAGAAGAUUUACAGGCUUUGAUGGAUCAGAGAAAGAGGAAGAGGAUGAUAUCGAAUCGCGAAUCGGCGAGACGGUCUCGGAUGAGGAAACAGAAACACCUGGAUGAUCUUGUUUCUCAAGUGACAAAACUGCGGAAAGAGAAUCAAGAAAUACUCACAAGUGUUAAUAUCACCACUCAACAAUAUUUGAGUGUUGAGGCUGAGAAUUCGGUUUUGAGAGCUCAGAUUGGUGAACUGAGCAACAGGUUAGAAUCCUUGAAUGAGAUUGUUGGUGCUAUGAAUUCAACCAAUGCUGCUUUUCUUGAGCCUAACAAUAGCUUUUUCUUCUUCAACCCUUUGAGUAAUAUCUCAUAUAUGAAUCAGCCUAUUAUGCCUUCUUCACACAUAUUACAGUACUGA